AGAUCAGACCUCCUCCAGAGAGCAGACCUCCAUCGACCAGACCUCCAGAGAGCAGACCUCCUCCAGAGAUCAGACCUCCUCCAGAGAUCAGACCUCCUCCAGAGAUCAGACCUCCUCCAGAGAGCAGACCUCCAGAGAGCAGACCUCCAGAGAGCAGACCUCCAGAGAGCAGACCUCCAGAGAGCAGACCUCCUCCAGAGAUCAGACCCUCCUCCAGAGAGCAGACCUCCAGAGAGCAGACCUCCAGAGAGCAGACCUCCACCAGAGAGCAGACCCUCCAGAGAGCAGACCUCCUCCAGAGAUCAGACCUCCUCCAGAGAGCAGACCUCCAGAGAGCAGACCUCCUCCAGAGAGCAGACCUCCUCCAGAGAGCAGACCUCCAGAGGAAGAGGAGGAAGUUGGGAGACGUGGAAAAGGCUCGGCAGGAGGAGGAGAAACUUCCUCCCCCCUCCCCCAUCUCCCUCCCAAAGGUCUAUGCGUCUAAGGCCCCGCUGCCCAAACUCAGGCUGAGGACACAACUAAAGGACGGACCACCGGCCAAAAAGGUCUCCUUCAUAGAUCCCUGUGAUACAGAACAGGUUUUGUCAGCAGCGACUCCACCUGCAGAAGAAGAGGAGGAGGAAGAGGAAUCUCAUGUGUCGGAGGGUCAGCUGGUCCCAGUCAGCUCCCAGUCUCUCUCCUCUGACUCUGAGAUGUCGGAGGAGACCCUGCAGGAUGCUGCUCCAGAGGAGGAGUCCAGUGAUGACUGCAUCGUGGGGGGGGGCAGCGUGGGGAGGAAGGCCUCUGAGCGCCUGCGGGUGGAGGUGGUGUCUCUGAGCUUGUCUCCGGGGUCUCGGGUGUGUUUGGACCGCAGCCUUCAGCGUCUCUUCGUAGAGUUCAGUCUGCUGGACCUCCCCACAGAGGAGACCCCGCUGUCCCUCCCCAAGCCUCCCCCAGGGAGCAGCAUCAACUUCAACUACAGCAAGGUGGUUCCUGUGGAUGCCCAGCAGCACAGGUUGAGGCGGCACCUGCUGAGGGGGGUCCUGAAGGGAAGACUGCCCCACAUGGAGAGGAUCCGGUUCACGGUGGUGAGCGAGCCCCCGGAGGAGGAGGAACAGGAGAGAGAGUGUGAGGAGGUCGGGGUCGCCUUCAUCAGGAUCCCCGAAAUCACAGAGACACACAGCGAGCUGCUGGAGAGGAGGCUGCAGGUGUUGGACAUGGAGAGGGAGGAGGUGGGCACGCUGACGGUUUCUGUGGAGGGACUGGAGGCUCUGCAGGCCAUCAUGGAGGAGGAGGAGGAAGAGGAUGCUCAGUGAGGAAGAAGAGGAGGAGGAAGAGCAGCUCGUCAUCAUGAGGCGACAGCACAGACCGGUGUCAGGGGGUCAAACUGAAACUGGUUGUGUAGAUUUGUAAAUGUUUUUAAUACGAAGAGAAAAAGAGUGUUUGUUUCUCAGUCAGAUUUUUAUCUUUGACGGUCAAUAAAAUAAAAUGAAAACCA